AUAAUUUAUUAAGUUAUCAAGUGGUUAAUUGUUCAUAAUUUAGUAUUUGACAAAAUUUAUAACAACAAUAACGUUUUUACUCCAAUACUUUAAAAUCAAUCAAUAUUAAUGAGGACUUUUCAUUUUCCAACAAUGUCAAUAUCGCUAUGGUCGAUAUUAAACAGAUUUACUGGUUCAGAUAAAACUGCAUCUUAUAGUCGUUUAUCAACAGAAAGUGGUCAUUUUCGAAUUACUGUUUGGGAUCCUGUGCUUAUAAUAGCUCAGAUAGUGUCUGUUCAAUCAUUGUACUAUUUUACCAUGUGUAUUUGGAUUACAAUAAUUUGUUACUUAGUCGGUACAUCGAGAUCAUUGGAUGUCAUAUUCGAAUUCAAAGAGUUGAGUACAGUGAGUGGGGAAAAAUAUGUUUUGGUUGUAUUUGCAUUAAAUUCAUUAAGCGGGGCAACAUUUAUUUGGAAAAUUGUUGAACGGUACAGAUUAUGUUUGGAUUAUUCAUGCACAAUUCAUAUCAUUCAUUUAGUUGCUUGUAUUUGGUAUAAUGGAACACUACCUACAUUAUUUUGGUGGUUAUUAAAUGCUACUUGUGCAGCCAUUACUUGUAUAUGUGCUGAAUUCCUAUGUAUGCGCACUGAACUGAAUGCCAUACCUGUAAAUAGUGGUCAACCGCCAAAAGUAGAUUUAUGAUAUAGGUUGUAAAUUUGUAUCUCAUUAUUAAAUCGAAUAUUUUGUCAGGAAAAA